AUGAAAAAGAAGACAAUAAUUGUGGCACUGACAAUACUGCUGCUGGCAGCAGCUGCUACUUUUGUGGGCGUCUACUUUGGUGUGGGAAGAAGGGAGACAAAAAGUGAGAGGGGGUACUCUAAGGCAGCUGUGGCAGCAGACGCUGGACCAUGUUCAGAGAUCGGCAGGGACAUGCUGAAGAGAGGGGGCUCUGCAGUAGAUGCUGCUAUAGCUGCUUUUUUGUGUGUUGGACUGAUGAAUGCUCAUAGUAUGGGUAUCGGAGGAGGACUUUUCUUCACCAUCUAUAAUGCAAAGACUGGGAGAGUUGAGACCAUUGAUGCCAGGGAGACGGCACCACGCAACGCAACAGAAAACAUGUUUGGGAACAGUACAGAUCUAUCCCAGAAAGGGGGGUUGGCGAUUGCUGUGCCAGGGGAGAUUCGAGGUUACCAGAUGGCACACCAGCGACAUGGAAAACUGCCUUGGAAAGACUUGUUUAUGCCAAGCAUUGAACUUGCAGAGAAAGGAUUUCCUUUGGGAAAGGCACUUGCCUCAGCUUUGUCUAGUAAUAAGCAAACCAUCAUGCAGGACCCAACCUUGUGUCAAGUUUUUUGCGGGGAGAAAAGCGACGUCCUAAAAGAAAAUGAAACCGUUAAAUUUACCAAGCUCGCGGAAACCUAUAGAAAAAUAGCCGAAGAGGGUCCUGAUGCUUUUUACAAGGGAGAAUUGGCUCAGAAGCUUGUGGCAGAUAUCCAGGCAGCAGGCGGCAUCAUCACAAUGGAGGAUCUGCAGGAUUAUACGCCUGUCUUGGAUGAGAACCCUUUAAGGGUGAACGUGGGGGAGUACACCAUGGUUGUUCCCAAUGCCCCCGCUAGCGGCCCUGUGCUCUCGCUGAUAUUAAACAUCUUGAAUGGCUACAACUUCACCUCAGAUAGCGUGGCAAGCACUGAGAAAAAGAUCCUAACCUACCACCGCAUGGUGGAGGCCUAUCGUUUCGCUUACGCAAAGAGAACCAUGCUCGGAGAUCGGAAGUUUCUCAACAUCACAGGUCUCAUCCAGAAUAUGACUUCACAUUUGUAUGCCAAUGCCCUCCGUGAAAAGAUUACCGAUGAAACCACACAUCACAUGAACUACUACGAGCCAGAGUUUUAUCUGCCUGAAAACUACGGGACCUCGCACCUCUCGGUAGUAGCUGAAGAUGGAAGUGCUGUGGCUGCCACCAGCACUAUCAACCUAUAUUUGGGCUCCAAAGUUAUGUCAGCAUCAACAGGGAUCAUUCUCAACAAUGAGAUGGACGACUUCAGCUCGCCUGAUAUCACAAACAGCUUCGGUGUGCCUCCUUCACCGAACAACUUCAUCAGGCCAGGGAAACGGCCAAUGUCUUCAAUGUGUCCAACAAUCCUUUUUGACAAAAGCAACAAAGUGAAGAUGGUGGUCGGAGGUUCAGGAGGAACAAAAAUCACCACCUCUGUUGCUCAGGUGAUUCUAAACACCCUGUUCUUCAACUAUGAUCUGAAAGAAGCUGUGUUAGAUCCAAGGGUCCACAACCAGCUGAGUCCUAACAUCACUGUAGCGGAGCCUGGCUUUGACAAAGAUGUCCUGGAUGGUUUGGCAAGGAAGAACCAUGAGACAGAACUCCUCACAUCGACGGGAGCCGUGGUGCAGGCAGUACUGUGUCAUGAUGACAAGGUGUAUGCUCAGUCCGAUCCACGCAAGGGGGGGUAUGCAGCAGGAUACUGA